AUGCAUCAACCAACUGAUCUUCAUCUGCAACUUGCUAAAAGAAUUUUAAGGUAUAUUAAAGGCUCUCUAGGAUCUGGUAUUACACUCAAUGGAGAAAAUUGUACUACUAUUACUGCAUAUAGUAAUAGUGACUGGGCUGGCUGUCCAGAUUCAAGAAGAUCCACCACUACUGGCUAUUGUGUCUUUCUUGGAGAUAAUCUUGUUUCUUGGUCUUCCAAGAAACAACCUACUGUCGCUCAUUCCUCCACUGAAGCUGAAUAUAAAACAUUAGCAGUUGCUGCCUCUGAAGUUAGAUGGAUUUCUUAUAUUCCGGAUGAACUAGGUUUUCCUCUUACUACCCCUUGUCUCAUGUACUGUGACAAUACGGGUGGCAAACUGAUGCAUUACAAGACUGCUCAGUUUGGGGGGCUGUAA